CGUCAGUUGCUUCUUCGCAGGCACCGAAAGUGCGCGCAAAUUUUAACACUGCGCGAGAAAUCGGAAAGAACGUGCGAGAUUCGGCGUUAAACGGUUUAAUCAGUUUCGAGGCGGGUUGUGAAAAGUGGUUUGAUGAAACGAAAAUUACAAUGAGUUACUACUACUGAACUGUGCAAUGAAACAACAGAAGAAAAUGCUUGGUUGUUGCUACUGCUCACGAAUGUCAAUGGCAAUAGUGUUGAAAGUUUGGCGUAUUUAUUAAAGUUCAACAGUAGUGGGCUAAGUCACUGCUCAGCAAGUGGCUUGUGGUGUUAAUCAACAAACAAAUUGAGUGCCUUCUUUAUAUCGUAGAGAAGUGGAACGAGAAAAGUUUAGUUAUUAAAAGUGUACUUAUCUGUUAUCUCUACAUGUCACAUUGUUCUGAUACUCGUGAUCUUUGAUACGUACGGAUUGAGCUAGAUAGAUGUGAUAAGCUUUAAUUAGAUGUACGUGUGACUAUCUCCCGAGUUCACUGUCAUUGUUCCGUAAUACAACAGACAUAGCAACGACAUCGGAUCUAGGAAUUUCCCGAUGUUAUAUCCAACUAUGCUAGGCUGUGUGCUGAGGCAGUGCAACGUGAUUUUCGUGGCGGUUGCAGUUUAGCCCCAUCAAAAACCUGUCCGACAUACGGGCGAAGAUUAACGAUUUAGCUCACACCUGCGGUAGCAGCAUCAUUAGUGCCAUCAUUUACCCAGAGAUUGAGUAGUGCCUAUAAUUAUUCAAUGACCAUUCAAAAGUACGAAAUGAUGACCCGCGACAACCGACGUCAGCACCCUUCUCCAGUGCAUCGGUGGCAAAAAGGUUGGGGUCGGCUGUUAGCUAUUGUCGGUUUGGCCUCGCUAACCGUGACUGUUGGCGGUCAAAUGAUCAGUACAGAAUGUGAUCCAGCUCAGUGUUUACCGACGGUUGAUAUACCGGCAAAUCUACUUCAAGCAGGUGAACGAACCCGGAAGGAGCUCGUCAAUUGCUGUGAGAUAACUCGUCUGUACUGUGACACUAGCUUAUGCCCUGCGGCGAUUCAAUAUUGCGAUGCGAACGAAACUAUUCAGCCCAGAAUCGUCAAAGGAAAAUGCUGUACUCUGUAUGAAUGCGGGAGUGUAGUACAAGAUGAACAUUGCGAAAUAAUCCUCAACGGAACUGUAACGAGGAAGCAAAUCGGCGAGAAAUGGUUCAGUAUGAUAAAUAGCACAACAUGCAUGAACUUUGAAUGCUUGAAAAACAGUGCUUCGGAAACUUUUGUGAAUUCGAUUGGAAUCACCUGCACAACAACAUGUAAUGAGGGUUUCUCACUGCAGUACUCGGACCAGCAUUGCUGUCCACAAUGCGUUCAGACGAUGUGCCGAUUUGACGACCGGUUUCACUCGGACGGUGAAUCGUGGGAUAGCUUGGAUGGAUGCAUGUGUUACCGCUGCAUUAAGGACAAUGGUAUUCUUUCGAUCUCCUCGGAACGGCCACGAUGUCCGGUGUUGAUCGAUUGCCCACCGGAGCACGUGGUAGAAGAGAAAUGCUGUAGUGUUUGCAACGUCACAAAGCCCGUGCCAGUGAUGCCGGAUCCUCGAAAGGAAACGGAAUUUUUCAACGAGUUAGAUUAUAGGAAUCAUAUGUGCAAAAGGGAAUGUCUGAGAGGUCGAAAACCGCAAACUUGCUACUACAAGUUCAGUAUUGAAUGGUACCAGACGAUGAGCAAAGCUUGUUUCGAGUGUCCCUACAAUGCUACGGACUGUGAUCGGCCACACUGUAUUCCUGGAGAUGGUGUGAAAAGGAACGUUAUGGUAAUCAAUCGAAUGAUGCCAGGUCCUUCGAUCGAGGUUUGCGAGAAUGACGUGGUUGUUGUUGACGUAGAAAAUCAUUUGAUGGGAGAAAGCACAACCCUUCACUGGCACGGGUUGCAUCAGAAGAAAACGCCCUACAUGGAUGGAGUGCCGCACAUUUCCCAGUGUCCGAUAAGUCCUGAAACAACAUUUCGCUAUACCUUCAAGGCUGACAAUCCCGGAACGCAUUUCUGGCAUUCUCACACCGGAAUGCAGAGAGGCGAUGGAGCAUUCGGUCCGUUAAUCAUCCGGCAAGACAAUGACCCUCAGCAAAUACUGUACGACUAUGACUUAUCCGAUCACGUGAUCACAGUUCAGGACUGGGGUCACGUGGGUGGUGUUCAAAUGUUCACCGCCCAUCAUCACUCAACGGGCGAUAACAAACCACCGAACAUUCUAAUCAAUGGUCGCGGAAAGUACUUCAAACGAUAUCCAAAAACUGCCAGUAUUACGACUAGUUUCCAAGAAGCAACUACUACUCCACAAUCAUUACCGACUGUGCCUUCAAUAAGUAAAUCAGAGCCACAAACAACAGAUGCCUUAUCCGAAACCAAUAAACUAGAUGAUGCUGAACUGAUCCACAACUCGAAGGAUGUUAAUCUCAAAAUGGAACUCAGCUCAGUCAAACGAAAUAAUGUCAACUCAACACGAUUGUUAACUCGCCGGAAACGGCAAUCUCGAACGAUAAACUUCAAUGCUGUGGUUGUUCCAGAAUCGGAACACAUCCCUCUGAAAGUGUUCUAUGUUGAACAGAAGAAACGCUACCGGUUUCGACUGAUCAAUGCGGAAUUCUUGAACUGCCCGGUAGAACUGUCAAUCGAAGGCCACAACAUGACGGUUAUUUCCUCGGAUAGUUUCGAUAUUCAUCCGAUCGAUGAUUUGGCUUCGUUCGUCAGCUAUGCCGGUGAGCGAUUCGAUUUCAUACUGAGAGCGAAUCAACCGAUCGGAAAUUACCUAAUGCGGUUCCGUGGUCUAAUGGACUGUGAUGAACGGUUUACUUCCGCCUAUCAGGUAGCGGUACUACGGUACAAGGGCGCCCCCGAGCUGGAGUUCGAAAAUUGGCCUAGUUACGACUUCCCGCUGGAAGGGUUGCAGUUGAACUCGCUCAACAAAGGAACAGGAAAUACGGAUAGCUUGUCGAUUGCCGAGACUACGUCGAGAGAUCAGGAGGAUUUGCUACUGCUCAACGAGAAGACUGACUACAAAUUUUACGUUUAUUACGACUUUUAUGCGAAGGACAACCCACAUUUUCAUGUUCCCGAUUUAUAUGGAUUUAAAGAUGUGAUCAACAAUACCAACCGAUUGUUCACACCUCAGCUGAAUCACAUCUCGAUGCGGAUGCCGCCGGUUCCUAUGAUGCCGGGCAAGGACCAACUGGAUGAGAGCCUGUUUUGCAAUGCAAGCUCCCUGAUGGAACAGGGUCGUAAUUGUCAGCAGGAGUUUUGCCAGUGUAGUCACGUGCUGCAGGUGCCAUUGAAUGCAACCGUAGAGAUGGUCCUGAUAGACGAGGGUUUCACGUUCGAUGCCAAUCAUCCGUUCCAUUUGCAUGGCCACGCGUUUCGAGUGGUCGGAAUGGAACGUCUGGCCGGAAAUAUAUCCGCAGAAGAAGUGAAACGAUUGGACGAGGAAGGAAAGAUCAAGCGACGGCUGAAGGGAGCACCAAUUAAGGAUACGGUGACCAUUCCGGAUGGUGGUUACACAAUCAUCCGGUUUAUUGCGAGUAAUCCUGGUUACUGGUUAUUCCAUUGUCACAUAGAGUUUCACGCCGAGAUUGGAAUGGCCCUCGUGCUUAAAGUGGGUGAUAAAUCGGAAAUGAUUUCUGCUCCGGAUAAUUUUCCCACAUGUUUUGAUUACAAGCCGGACUACCGUAAGAUUCCGAACUCCAGCGGUCGGAUGGGGUCCACUCAACAAAGUACCUUACAACAGCUCUCGUUAAUAAUAGUCAUGAUGAUGAUGGUGAUAAGGAGGGUAUUUUUAUAAUUGUGAUAUUUAUUUCUAAGUUCAUGUGUUAUCGUUAUGUUGCAUAAAGUAAAAACAAUUAUACUAUAAAUGUUCGA